ACGUAAUUUAACUUAAAAAUCAUUUUUUAUUGAGAAAAUAAUUAUAAUGGCGGGAUUUAAAUUGAAAAAAUAAAACUUUUUUCUGAAUAUAACUAAAAAAUAAUAAAAAAAAAAUAUUAUGCGCACUAUUUCCGGUUCCGCCAACGGGGCGACAAAAAUUGUAUCCGAAGAAACAAGGGUGGGGGGAGUGGAAAAAGAAAAUGUCACCGAAAUGCAAAAAACAAUUAUGGAAGAGAAAGAUGAGGACGAAGAAGAAACUUUUGAUGACGAAGAAAUUGCACCAGACGGUGGCUGGGGUUGGAUGGUUGCCCUAGGAUUAAUUUUAGUUUUUAUAACGGCCUUUGGACCGGCAGCAUCAUUUACGAUAUUAUUUGGAGAUUUUUUGAAUCAAACGGGCAAUGCUGGCUCGGCUACAACAAUUCUCAAUUCUGUUUUUAAUAUUAGUUUCUCAAUUGCAGGAGUGGGAACGAGUCCACUAUUAAAAGUAUUUUCAGCAAGAACAUUAGGCGUAUUUGGAGCCGUGAUAUUUGCCGUUCCAAAUAUUUUGAUAGCUUUUGUGAAUCACGUCAUGGAAUUGGCAAUAAUAUUUUUUCUCCAGGGCAUUGGCUGCGGUUUGUUCUUCACUGUUUGUAAUACAAAUUUCAACGCCUACUUUGUACGGCGAAGAGCAACCGUCAUGAGCGCCUGUCAGACGAUUGUCGGUCUUGGUUGCAUUGUUUAUCCAAUCUGGAUUGAAAAGAUGAUGAAAGCUUAUGGGUUCCGAGGAACUUCGGCGCUAAUUGGAGCAUUGAGUUUAAAUUGCAUUGUGGGAAUGGCCCUGAUGCACCCAGUCGAAUGGCACUAUAAGCGACAGAAAAAAACAGUGAAUGGUGAAAAAAUGAUUUUAAUAAAAAGAGAAUCCAUUGGUAAUAAUAGAUUUUCUGGAGAGUUUCGAUUUAUUCACGAUAAAUUGACACGACGCUCGACAAUUGACACAAUUCAUCCUCCAAUGAUGAGUAGCAUGUGGAACAGUCUCAGGAACCUGAGAGAAGACGACGAUGGAAAUAAUACAUCAUUAUCGCGACGAGGAUCCGUGUCGAAUAUGGAAUCGGGAAAUAUUCGCCGAAGAGCAAAUACGGUUUCGCAUAAAAAUGGCAGCGUCGCUAAAUUGGUGACCGAAACAUUGUCAUCGUCGAGUUUGGCAAAUUUACGUAUGCCCGUUGGUUUUGAUAAUUUAAAUAAUGCCGAGGCUAUUGUAAAAACGAAAUUUUACGAGAAACCAAAAAUUAUUGAAUUAAUGUCAAUGGAAAAGUCGAAGGAGGCGGAAAAAUUGAAGGAGAAGGAAAUGCUUAAGGAGAAGGAAGUGUUUCAAUCGAGAGACAAUUUGGCCAGUCAUUUGGAGAAAAAGAAGAAAAAACGAUGGAGUUUAUCGGAUGUAAUUGACAUGGAACUAAUGAGUGAUAAAACAUUCAUUACCACGUGUUUGGGAAUGAGUUUUGUUUUCACAAGUGAUUUCACGUUCAGUUCUCUAUUGCCAUUAAUGAUGGCUAAAAACAAAUACACACAAAGCGACGCGGCACUGGCAAUAACUGUUGGAGCAACCGCUGAACUUGUCUCCAAAAUUCUUCUCUCCAUCUUCACAUUGGUCGUUGACGCGAGGCCAAAAAAAUUAUUUUUCAUUGCCAUGAUUUGCAUGGCUAUGGCGAAAAUUGGAUUUCUCUACUUGGAGCACACGAUGAUGGGAUUAAUUUGUAUGGUGGCUGUGAUUGGUAUGGUGAGAUCGUGGUUGAUAGUACCGCAGGCAUUAGUGGUGGUGGAAAAUUUGACUGUCGAUAAAUUUGCAGCGGCCUAUGGAGUUUUUGCUAUAAUUAGCGGAGGAAUAUCAAUUGUAUUUGGACCAGCUGUUGGUCUCAUCAAAGAUUGGACUAACAGUUAUGACCUCUGUCAGUUGGUACUCUUGGGUUUAAACGUGUUGUUCAUCGUGCCUUGGGGAAUGGAAUUCCUCUCCGAAUAUAUAGUCAUGAAGAAAGAUAAAAAAAGGCCACUCAAUGAAUUGAGAACAGUAUAAAGUAUAUGUAUAUAGCGAAUCUUUUUAUUUAUUUGAUAAGAACAAAAUGAUAAUAACACAGACAUGUGUCUGGAAAAAAUUUAAACGACACAUUUUAAAUUUAUAAUUAUACUAGAAAAUAAAGAUCAGUAUUUUUUCUUCUUUUUUUUUAAUUAAAUAGUCAAUUUCAUUAAAUAUGGAAAGAAAAGCAAAACGAGU